AUGGCGUCUUCCAACCAUGUUACCCCCACCAACUGCAGCUGGUGGCCCAUCUCAGCCAUGGAGGAGGACGGCAAAGCGGCAGACGGAGAGGAGAGCGAGGAACCGGUGCACGAGCCCAAACCGUACAGCAAAGACCGUCUCGUGCUCUACCACUGGACGCAAUCUUUCGCCUCCCAGAAGGUGCGGUUGGUGAUCUGCGAGAAGGGCCUGGUUUGUGAGGAGCGUGACGUGAGCCUCCCUCUACAGGAGCACAAAGAGCCAUGGUUCAUGAGGCUGAACCUGGGGGAGGAGGUCCCAGUGUUUCUCCACGGAGACACCAUCAUCAGCGAAUAUAGCCACAUUAUCGACUACCUGGAGAACAACUUCACUGGAGGUACUGUACAUCGGAUUCUAUGCAAGACGCUUAACUCCUCGUCCCCAGUGACUGUGUACACUGAAUAUGUGUUGGCUCAGUUGAUCCCAGACUCCUCCUCUCCUCUGUUUGAGCGUGUGCAGCAGUACAGAACGCUGUUGGACGGGUUGCCCAUGGACGCGUACACUCACGGCUGUAUCCUGCACCCGGAGCUCACCACUGACUCCAUGAUUCCCAAGUACGCCACGGCAGAGAUACGGAGACAUUUGGCCAACGCUGCGACGGAGCUGAUGAAGCUGGACCAUGAGGAGCCUCAGCUCACAGAGCCGUAUCUGUCCAAGCAGAAGAAGCUCAUGGCCAAAAUUUUAGACCAUGACAACGUGAACUACCUGAAGAAAAUCCUGGGAGAGUUAGCCAUGGUUUUAGACCAAGUGGAAGCUGAGCUGGAGAAACGGAAAAUAGAAUAUCAAGAUGACAAGUACGAGCUGUGGCUAUGUGGACCUGAUUUUACUUUAGCUGAUAUUUGCCUUGGCGCCUUGUUGCACCGGCUCAAGUUUUUGGGACUCUCUAAGAAAUACUGGGAGGACGGCAGCAGACCCAACCUGCAAACGUUCUUCGUGCGCGUCCAAAAACGUUACGCCUUCCGAAAGGUCCUGGGCGACAUCCACACCACGCUACUCUCCGCCGUCCUGCCCAACGCCUUCCGCAUGGUCAAGAAGAAGCCGCCAUCUUUCUUCGGGGCGUCGUUCCUCAUGGGGUCACUAGGGGGCAUGGGCUACUUCGCUUACUGGUUUUUAAAAAAGAAGUACAUGUAGUGAACGGCCAGUCAUCGUGUUACAUGUCUGUGCAUAUUUGUGAUGUUUCAAUUUGAUUUUUUCUCUGUAACGUUUUAUGAGACUGCAGGAGAAAACGUAACUACAUCUAUAUAGAGGACACUAUUACUAUA